CCCCAGGGGCCCCUAGCACGGCUCCCCACCCUGAAGACAAGCUGAGCAUUAAAUCCAUGCAGGAGGCCACUGUAGCUAACCGUGAUCAACACACGCGUACUCCUGCUGGCUCGAAAACGGCGCUAGGAGCGACCCAGUUGCGUAUUGAUAUAUAUCAGAAAAGUUAACUUGGCUCCUGCGCCGAGCGUGCGGGGGGAGGGGUGCCGCGUUGAGACAACACGCCGCUCAGUUAUGGGUGCAUGCGUGCUUCACAUCUCUUCGUAAAGGGCCUGCCGGAUGAUCAGUGUUAGUCACUCUCCGUGGCCGCCGUGUAAGUCACUGAGCAAGCAGGAACGGUGAUCGAAACUGCUGCAUUGUACAGCCAUGGAGGAAACCGGGCCGAGGGAAUCGGAGUCCCGGGUCCACCCGUGCGUAAAAAAUACGGACUCCGUCUCAUUAAUAAUAAGUGCCGAGGAGGAAGCAGCGCAAGGGCGGGACGACUUGAGGCUCUGUUCAGAAGCUGAGGAUGGCGUCAUGAAUGGUUGUGGUGAGGACGGACCUAAGGAUGACCCAGUUACGCCCCCUUACUCCCCGGGUACGAGUUACUGGAGCGUUACAGAGGGUCCCAAUUGCCCGCCCCUCCUAUCACCAGCUCCUGGGCCAUCACAGCGGAAGUCAACACAGUCACGCUCAGAGAGGGCCUCCAGGCCUGGCCUCAGUCGCAUCCCCGGGCGGGACCACCGACGCUACUACCACGAGUAUUGGCGCAGUGAGUACUUGAUGGACUUUGACCCCCGGCGGCACGGCAUGAUCUGCAUGGUGUGUGGCAGCUCCUUGGCCACACUCAAGCUCAGUACCAUCAAGAGACACAUUCGACAGAAGCACCCAGACUCCUUGCUCUGGAGUACAGCUGACAAGGAGGUCAUCCGGUCUGGAUGGGAGAGCCACCUGGGGAUGGAGGGGCGACAGCGCCCCCUGGAGGACCAAUGCACAGAAGACAUGUUGGACUGUGCACGGCGCUCCACAGGGAAACCUGGCAGUGGUGCAGCCAAAUGGCAGUCUCCACCCGACAGUGCUUCCGUUACUUCUCCACCCUGCUCCGAGGUCAGGGAUCCCCCAGGUCCGCCGGUGGACACCUUGGAGCGCUACCUGAAUGACUCGCUCCACGCCUGGUUCCGCCAGGAGUUCCUGAUGGAGUAUGAGGCGGAGGCGGGCCGCCUGCUCUGCAUGGUGUGCGGCGGGCAGCUGCCCUCGCUCCACCUGGACCACAUCAAGAGCCAUGUGCUGGACGCGCACCCCAACUCGCUGGUGUAUAGCGCGGAGGAGAAGCACUGCAUCCUGCAGACCUGGGCACAGAGGCAGGAGUCGGACCCCCUGCGGGACGACAGCUCUGACAAACUGGACCCUACGGCUGAGGAGGACGACAACGACGACAACGACGAGAUGUUUCCCCGGGAUGUGGCAAGUGUCUCCGCUGCUUGCAGGCGGCUCGGGGAGAACGGCGACCAGGCUCUAGGGGAGCCCGAGGCCUCGAGAAGGAGCGGCCCUCGCUUCCGGCCUCGGGCCAGGAUCCGGCAGGACAGCUCUGCGAGGGUCUGGCGUAUGGACUACCUGGUGGCCUACGGGGCCGAUAGUCGGGGCGUGGUCUGCAUGGUCUGUUCGCAGGCGCUUCCCACUACGCGUGUCGGCUGCUUCCGCCGUCACAUCCAGGACUGCCACCCGGAGACGGCGAACCUGAGCCGGCAUGAGCGGGAGGCAUUAGUAGCUGCCUGGGCCAAGUCGUCAGCCCCCCCAGUAAAAGAAGAAACUCCUCCUUCAGCAGCUGCUACAAAGAGGGGCAAGGCCACUGCGGGGACGCCGGACGUGAACGACGGGUGCUUCCCUGGGGGUUCUGUCAAAGAUGGGCCGGUCGGUCGGCACGGACACUACCCGGGCAAGGACCAGCGCCGCAAUUACCAGGUGCGCUGGCGUGUGGAUUACCUGAUGGACUACGACUGCCGACGACACGGGCUGAUCUGCAUGGUGUGCGGGGCAGGUCUGGCCACGCUCAAGGUGAGCACCAUCAAGAGGCACAUCCAGCAGGUGCACCCCCACUCCAUGGAGUUCAGUGCCGAGGAGCGGCAGCAGGCCCUGCUUAGCUACAACCAGACGGCGCUGCACUUUGUCCACUCUGACGACUGCUUCUCAGCCGGUGACCAUGGGCACGCGGCUCUGGAAGGGCUCCUGGCCUCCUGAGUCCCACCUUUAGCGAAGGUGUCUCGGAUAUUUCGCCUGCGUUUCGCGAUGGUCCUUCGCCCCUCGAAGGAGCAGACGGUCGUGCACCAGCGGAUUGUUCAAGGGGUGCGCGCUGCCACACUGAGCAGUCCGCUCCUGGAGUAUGACUCUCCUGUACUUCCCAUGUAGAACGGAGGCUGCUCCUCCUCACCUGCACUACCUGGACCCAGAAAAAGAGACCCUGCAGAAAAAAACAGCCUGAAAUAGCACAGUCUACAACUCGGAAAGAACGGUCUGGAGGCUGCCCUCAAAGAACAGUCAGUUAGUAGACUGAUUCUAAGAAGCUGGAACUGAUUAAUAUAAUUGGUUCAUUCCCAGCAUAAACUGAAUUGUACUGAACUAUGACCUUCAUUCAGACGUGCACGUACCAAAUGAUGUGCAUGUAGGCCAGCUGCACUAGUUCCAUCCUUCCAGAACAUUUACAAAUCAUAAUUUUAAAUGAAUAUAAGCUUUUGUUCAUUAUUUGCAUGAUAUCUGCUAUGCUGAUGGUCAGGAGUGUUCAGUAAACAGGCGGCUGUAUACGUGGAGAGCUCUCUGCCCAAAUUGUUUUGGGGUUACAGACAUCGUGUUUUUUUUUUUUUUUUUUUGAUUUUGGACAAUCAUGGGUCGUACGUAUUAACAGGAUGGAGAGACCUUCCCCUGAAUGGAUGAGGGUCAGGAGGGUUCCAGCUGGCCACCUUGCUGUUUCACUCAAGUUGUCGUAGGUUAGGAGGCCUGGGUAACAGCCCCCCGAACCUUCGCGGCCGGUCACGCUGCUGGGACGCAGCUUCAGGUAUGCGCUAGUGUGGCUUCAGGCCGCAAAUCCCCAGUGCUCACCAUCCUCUUGGGUGAAUCUCAGUUUCCGAAUUCUGAAUAGUGGGACUGAGAGCAUUUUUGUGGGAAGCCUGGACUGAAGGUCUGCUGUCCCUUGCAGGUUCCAGCCUGCCUCGUUCCCAGGCACCGGAGAGGGAAAAAAAAGUCAAUAGAUGAACUGAAAAUAUCAUUUAGCAUUUGCUAAAGCACUUGGACAGAUCUGGUAAUCACGCCCAGUUUAAUUUUUCUUCUACAAUGUGUUCCUUUUCCAACCCAUUCAGUAUAGCAGUGCUCUCAGGGGUCAUUAUCUGCUGUGCUCGUUUGACAGCUGGGUUCAAUUUUCACGUCUCAUUAAGCUUACCAGUGAAAAGUGCCCCUCUUCAUGGCGGGUUGGGGUUAACAGCCCUUGUGAUUAAAAUGGAGGCUGCUGGUUUAACCACCCCAAACAGUCACAUUCCAGAGGGUUUCCAAACUCCAGGAACUGACAGCUCUACAUCCAUGUUAAAUCAUUCUGAACCUACGUCAAAAACCUGCUUCAUGAUUAACUUCCUAGGCUAGAGGGCCACUGAAAUGAAAAGGCUGGAGAGAGGUUUCUUAAAAUCUUUUGAAAAUAUUUAUUUAUAUAUUAAGUGAAGUUGAUCCCUGAUCUUUAAAGCAUGCACUUCAGGCAUUACUCUCAUUUUGGGACCUUUGCAUCUUCAGAAAUACCAAAUGACUGUAGAAAUGACCAUGUUGGCCUGAUUCAUUUCUGCAUCCCUUACCUCCAUCCACCCCUUUAUCUCAAGUUCUGUUUGUGUAUGUUUUUCCUGAAAUAAUCUUGUAUUAAAAAAAAUGGACUUUGGAA